ACGUCCCUCCGCAAAGUGAGCCUGGCGAACUUUUGAAAACUUCAUCCCCGACAAGAAGGUCACUACGCACAUCCCUCCCGUGGCCUACUGCCCUCUCCCAUCUUUGUAAUAGUUACCUUCACCUCACCCAUCACUUUUAGUUUUUGAUACCCCACCCUCGGUCACGCCCUCUUUGUUUGACUUUGGAGAACGCUCGUCGCGCAUUGGAUUUUUCCUUCCUCUUCAGCCUUUCUGCCGCUGAACCAGAAGCCACUAUCGCCCUCCUCCUCUCACCCGUCUUCCUUCUGACCUGAGGUUCCUUCCCGGGAUGGCAUCUCAACCGCGCAAUCUAUACAACAACCAAGGCUACCUGCCCAAUGGCGCCGCAACUCACCCGGGUCCGCUCCCAGGGGCCACGCCUCUGCUGCCGAACCAGGGUCGCAUCAUCCAGACCGGGCCCAUUAGAGUUCUGUGCAUCGCGGACGUCCGAGGAAACCUCAGGUCUUUGAACGACCUGGCCAAGUCGGCCCACGCCGAUUACAUUAUUCACACAGGUGACUUCGGUUUCUACGAUGAGUCGUCGCUGGAGCGAAUUGCCGAGAAGACCCUCAAACACGUCGCCCAGUACUCGCCCCUCAUCUCCGAGCCUACCAAGAAAGCCAUUGCUCAAGGCGGUGCUGGUCCGGUGAAGGCGCGUUUCCAGCCUAGCGAACUGCCGCUUUCCGAACUGCCCCUUCUGAUCACCGGCGAAUUGAAGCUCGAAAUCCCCGUCUACACUGUGUGGGGCGCUUGCGAAGAUGUGCGGGUGCUCGAGAAGUUCCGGUCUAAGGAGUAUAAGGUGCCGAACCUCUUCAUUAUCGACGAGGCCCAGUCCAUGCUUCUCGAGAUUGCCGGGGUCAAGCUUCGUCUUCUCGGAUUGGGUGGUGCCGUGGUAAUGCACAAGCUUUUCGAUAACGGCGAGGGACGGACGACGAUUGCUGGUGGACAGGGGACCAUGUGGACGACACUCCUGCAGAUGGGCGAGCUUGUCGAUACCGCAAACCGCGUCUACGACCCCACUGAGACCCGGAUUUUCAUUACGCAUGCUUCUCCGGCGCGUGAGGGCAUCCUGAACCAGCUCUCGGUCACGCUCAAGGCGGAUUUCUCCAUCUCUGCCGGCCUUCAUUUCCGAUAUGGGAGCUCUUACAACGAAUUCAGCGUAAACCCCACCUUGGAUCAUUAUCGCGGCAAGCUGGCAGCGUCGAAGGCCUCAUUCAAUGAUGUUUGGGAGACCGUCAAGGGGGAGGUCGAGCCUGCUAUCCAGCAGAACGAAGCCCAACAGAACCUUCUUAAGAACGCACUCGGUAUCGUUGAGAAGAUGCCUACCACUGCUGCUGGUGGUAAUCCGUUUGGCGGCGCGGUUGCUGGCCAGUCAGCCCAGGCACUCGGCCAAGUGGACGAAAGUGCGUUCAAAAACAUGUGGAACUUCAAUCUCGCGGAUGCGGCGUUUGGUUGGCUUGUCUUGGAGGUCCAAGACGGCCGGAUCGGUACAGAAAUGAAGGCUCAGGGAUUCAACUUUUCUCACCGUGGAACUAAGCAACAGGCGGGAACUACCCAGUCUGCCGCAGUCCAAUCUACCUCUUCCGGAGCAAGCCCCCUACCCCCGUCUGCUCCUCCUAACACGCAGACUGCACCUGCGCCGGCAAUUGCGCAGCGCCAGGGCCCCCAGGUUACAAAGCCGAUCGUAUCAGCUCCCAGCCCCUCGAUCCCUGCUGCGCCAGAGACGUCCCAGCCUGCUUUACCCUCGCCAAAGGAAGCCGAUAAGCAAGCCGCGGCUGCUGCUAAUGGAAGUGUUAUCGCCCCCGAGUCCGCGCCAUCUCCUGUCUUGAAGACUGCGGCAGACAACAUUAUCGGCCUGUUCGUUAUGAACGCGCAAACUGAUGAGCAAGUUCGGGACCUUUUCCAAGACGAGGACAAAGAAAACAUCAUCAAAAUUGACAAGUGGGGCGCAAACAACAAGGUCGCACUGUUCAAGACGGAGAGGGAGCGGGAUGCCGCCAUGGAGCGACUUCCUGAUGAUGUGAAGAGCCGCGCCCCUGGCCAAGAGGAUCGCUCCAAGCCCCUGGUCAAAAUCUUCUUGCCUCCGCCGCCCCGCCAGUUUAGUUCACGUGGCGGUGCGGGCAACUGGGGAAGUAGCCGGGGCGGCGCCAGAGACAGCGCAAACCCACCGAGCGGUUAUCGCAGUGCCGGCGGCGGAACUGCCAGUGACAGUGAGGGUGCUGGACGACGGGCUACUCGUGGGGGCCCCCGGGGCGGUCGGGGUGGUGAACGUGGACGAGGUCCUAGAGGACCCCGAGGUGGAAUCAAGGGCGAGGGAGGCAGCGGGAGCCCUGCACCAUCAGCAGCUGCGCCGGUCGAUUCUUGAGAAAGUAAAUGAGGAAGGGGGUCCCAAAAGAGAGACGACACCGAUACCCUC